UUCUUCGUCUUCUUCUUUCGUCCAAUCCGAACCUCCAUUUUCUCUCUCUACAAAAUCUUCCCCCUUUCUCUCUCCUCUGUCUCUCUGCCACUGCGUUUUCCUCCAUGAGAGCUUGCUUACGCACUCCGCCAUGGGUAAGUACAUCAGGAAAUCCAAGUCCUCACUCGAAAUCACCCUUAUCGAUGCCUCUCAGUCCUCCUCUUACAUUGGCGUUCGAACUCGGGCCAAAACCCUAGCUCUCCAGCGCCUUCAGAAGACUUCCAAUUCUCCACCGCCGCCGUCUUCUCCUGCCACCUCUGGUUCCUAUCUCCAGCUCCGAAGCCGUCGCCUGCACAAGCCGAAGAAUAUUGCUCUCGCGAAUGAGUCGAAGAAGCAGAAAUUGCCGCAGAGGAGUAGCAAUGAACGUGGCCGGAGAGUUACCGCUGAUUCCGGAGAAACCUCGAGGUUGGGGGUUUGUUCGGUCGCCGCUGGUUCUAUUGAGUCUGUUUCGCAUCGGCGUGGCGACGGCGAAAUGAAGGAUGUGACGGUCGAGGAAAUCGUGGUUAAGCAGAGCGAGGUUCAGGAAAAUGUGAAUAUUCUUGACAUUCAGGAAGAAGCUUCGUUUGGAGAGAAUGUUUUGGAUUUUGAAGGUGGAAUGAGUAGGGAAUCCACUCCUUGCAGUUUGAUACAGAAGCCCGAGAGCAUACGAACACCCAGUUCUUCUACGAAGGCGUCGAGUACCACCGAUUAUAGGAUACGACUGCAAAAUUCCUCUGCAAUGGAUGUACCGACCACUCGGGAAGUUGACGAUUUCUUCAACUACGUCGAAGGAGAGCAGCAAAGAAAAUUCAUUGAGAAGUAUAACUUCGACCCGAACACAGGCAAACCACUUCCGGGACGUUACCAAUGGGAGAAAAUGGACGAUUAGACAACGACAUUCAUUCAAUAUAAUUCAGGACCCAUUUAUCUCAAUGUUCUCAGGUUAAGUUGUGCUUAUAAAUGGUAGAUAGUCAGAUCUUAGUUUAUGUGACCCUUUUACUUGUAAAGAAUUAGGGCUGUACUAAUGGUCUGUAACAUAACAAGAAGUUGAAUUACACAGCAAAUAGAACUAAAAGCCUUGUGUCUAAUAGAUUGGUGUAGCAUUUAGGCUGUUGGGUAAUUAAUUAGGUGAAUGUGUGGGGUACAGAAAUUUACUUAGAAUUUUCAUUUUCUUUAUUUUAAUUUUCUUCCAUUUGUACCGUAUGUUCCUCCUUAUACUUGUACUGAUGAAAGUGG